AUGAAUGCAACUGCAUCAGGUGGGAUUCCACAGAAGGCGGGUCUCGUUGACGCUGCCAGGGUUUCCAACCUCUCGGUCUCUCUGAGCGAGGGGGCUGUGUCGGUCGUCGGAGUGGCGGCGGCGGGGGGCGGAAAUCCAAGCAAGGACACUCAGUGGAGCAUCAAAUCGAUGGUGGGCUGCGACAUAUUCCAUGGGAGAUGGGUGAAGGACGAGUCCUAUCCUCUGUACAAGGCGGGAUCCUGCCCCCAGAUUGACGAGUCCUUCAACUGCUACCAUAAUGGCCGUCCCGACCAUGCCUACCAGAAACUCCGGUGGCAGCCCAACGGCUGCAUUAUCCCCAGGUAGGGUUACUGGUGCAUCGAUCUCUCCAUUGAAGGUCACGCGUUCUGGAUUUGCUGAACUGUGAUUUUUAUCUUUUCCUCCAUUUUCCGCAGAUUGAAUGGGACGGACAUGCUGGAGAGAUUGAGGGGGAGGCGCCUGGUUUUUGUGGGCGAUUCUCUCAACAGGAACAUGUGGGAGUCCCUGGUCUGCAUUCUGCGGAACUCCAUCGAGGACAAGAGCAGGGUUUUCGAAGCGUCCGGGAAGCACGAGUUUAGGACCGAGGGUUUUUAUUCUUUCCGUUUCAAGGUAGCCAUUGCCCACCCACGCUCCUCGCUUGUGGGGGGGCGCUCCUCUCAUCGUUGAUCCCUCUCUCUACUCACUCUCUCUCCAUCUCUGACUUGAAGGACUACAACUGCUCCGUGGAGUUCUUCCGCUCCCCCUUCCUGGUUCAGGAGUGGGAGGCCCCGGACUCUGCCGGGAAGAAGAAGGAGACCCUCCGGCUGGACAUCAUCGAGAAGUCUUCCUCCAGGUACAAGGACGCCGACAUCAUCGUCUUCAACACCGGCCACUGGUGGACUCACGAGAAGACCUCCAAAGGGUGGGCAGCCCCCCUCCCCAGAAUCUCUCCUCCCCCUCCGAUCCUCCGUGUGACUCGUCUUCUUCCUCCACCCCUCCCCCCCUCCCAGGAAGGACUACUAUCAAGAAGGGAAUCGCGUGUAUGGGGAGCUCAAGGUCAUCGAAGCCUUCCACAAGGCUCUGAGCACUUGGGCUCGCUGGGUCGACACCAACGUCGAUCCUGUCAGGAGCCUCGUCUUCUUCAGAGGCUACUCCGCCUCCCAUUUCAGGUACCACCCUUCUCCGCUCCCCCCCCCCCCCUUCCCCAUCACCACCCUUCUCGUUGAAUGCGAUGAAACCAGCUGCUCAGUGCUCCCGUCUUCUUCUUCUUCUUCUAUCUGCUCUCCAGCGGCGGGCGGUGGAACUCCGGCGGCCAAUGCCACAGCGAGACAGAGCCCAUCAAGAACGAGACCUACCUCUCCUCGUACCCUCCGAAGAUGAGCGUUCUCGAGUCGGUGAUCAAGGGGAUGAAGACCCCCGUCGCUUACCUCAACAUCACCAGGAUGACCGAUUACCGCAAGGACGGCCACCCUUCCGUCUACCGGAGGCACAGAUUCGCGGCGCCGGAGCGCCAAGCCCCCGAUCAUUUCCAGGACUGCAGCCACUGGUGCCUCCCCGGCGUGCCCGACUCCUGGAACGAGCUCCUCUACGCGCAGCUCCUCCUCAAACUCCAUCAGCGGCGAGCCUAG